GCCAUGCGCAAAUGGAUCCAGAGGAGGGCUGUGCGCUGUAGGCUGUAGUCCACAUAAGAACGGAGCCUGCGGGGCUGCUCAUACACACACACACACACACACUGCUGACUGGUAGUCACAGGCAGCAGCCGGAGCCUUCACUUGCGUUUGUCUUCGAGACGCAUAUGAGGAAAACAUAAAUCCAGGAUAGUGCGACGGCAACCUUGGGAUCUCUCCAACAGCCCCUCCUCCUCUUAUUACUGACCAUCUCGGAUGCAGAGAGCAGCAAUGAUGCGGCGUCUCUGCUCUUAACUCGUCGGGACCCCCCCUCCCUCCCUCCCCGUCUCCUUGUCUCGGUCUUUGCCGGUUUUAUCUUAAAAGGAGACAGAAUAAACACACAAUGAAGCUCAAGCCGAACCAGACCAGGACAUACGACGGCGAGGGCUUCAAGAAACGGGCAGCAUGUCUGUGUUUCAAGAAUGAACGUGAAGAAGAGGUGCUGCUGGUCAGCAGCAGUCGGCACCCGGACCAGUGGAUCGUCCCCGGAGGCGGGAUGGAGCCAGAGGAGGAGCCAUGUGGUGCCGCAGUGCGAGAGGUGUUUGAGGAGGCUGGUGUGAAGGGCAAGCUGGGACGUCUGCUCGGCGUUUUCGAGCAAAACCAGGAUCGAAAGCACCGGACGUAUGUGUACGUGUUGACCGUCACGGAAACGCUGGAGGCCUGGGAAGACUCUGUCAACAUAGGCCGUAAGCGUGAAUGGUUCACCGUGGACGAGGCCAUCAAAGUACUGCAGAACCACAAACCCGUCCACGCUGAGUACCUGCGGAGGCUCCAGCUCAGCUGCUCUCCAACCAAUGGAAACUCCAUCCUCCCAAGCCCAACACCGAACGACAACUACCCCCAUUACAGCGCCACCGCCACAGCUCCCUCGACGGGCAGCGUGUUGGGCACCUCCUGCAGAUAGGACUGCACCCAAACCUUGUGUCCUGUCCAGCUCGGACAGUUCACUGAAAGUCUGUACAGUCUCGCAUGAAUCUAAUGACUUUUCAGAGCUGCGGCUCUCCUAUAUGUAUAAUUUCUGGUCUUGGGAAGACAGGACACACCAAAGCCAUCGCCAGAACUGUGUUAAAGACUUAUGUGACAGAGCGCGGGAGAUUUCUCUGACAGAAAAACUGUGACUAUAGCUAUCUCAAGAACACUUUUUCUUUUACUUGCAAAUACCAGACUGAUGAGCUGAAGCUUGGGAAGAGGAAGCUGCAGCAGAGUCUGCUGGUGUUAAUGACCUGGUGAAGGAAUGCCUUACAGAAACUUUGUAUGAAUGUUGUAUUUGGGUUGUUUUAUUUCACUUCCAACAGUCAUUUUUAUUUAUUUCUUUUUUUUUUAGCAGAAUGGAUAUGCUUUCUAGUCAAUAAAAGACUUAAAAUUACCCAGUUAAGAUUUAAAAAUGACCCAAAGCGCGUCCGUGUGGGGAAUAUUUCCAGAGUUAAUUAUGUAGUUAUGAUGAUGAUAAUAGCACAUAUUAUAUCUCAUUUAAAAACUGGAGCACUGAUAAGUUUCAAGGAUUGUGCUGCGUUUUACUGUAAAGUGGGAUUUUCUUCAUGCCAUGUAAUCAGGAAUAAUUGCCAAUUUCUAAAGAAGUUAAUUAACCUAAAGUGAUAAGCAGUAAAUAGCAAUAAAAGGAACUAAUCUGAAAACAUUUUAAACAAUAAAAUGAACACAAUGGAAAAAAUGGCUUUUAGCCCUAAAUGACAGGGUCAAAGCUACUGUAGCAGCUGUCUGUCAGUUGAUACCUCAGUAAACUGAAAACUGGAUCUGAGUCAUUGAGCAGCGCUCUGUUAGAGUUAAACUUCAGCCAAUGCCUCCGAAGGUAUGAGUCCACUAACCUUGACUGAUCAACAAACUGCUCUGUUGUCCAUUUAAAACCACAUACCUUUCAUCAGGACUCACUCACUUCCCAUGUUGUCAUAGUGAAAGUAUUUAAUAGUGUAAAGUACAUGUUUGCCUUAGGUAUUACAUGCUGCCAGGGUCAGUUUAUUUCAACCAUCAGUUUUCAAAAAGUGGAUUUUCUUCAAAUCAUUUGUAUAUUUUACUUGAAAUAAAAAAAAAUAUGCUGUAAGACAUUUUUUUUAAAGAAAACAUCACUAAAUGACAUCAUUUCCAUUAACAGUGUGUUUUCUCCACCAUCUGCAAGUAACCAACAAGUAUUUUUAUUAUUGGUUCAUCUGAUUUUCUCCAUUAGGUUAUCUAAAGUUUGGUCUAUUAAUUGUUGAUAAAUAAUGAAAGAAUGCCCGUCACAGUUUCUGUUGAUCAAUUAAUCCCUCCAACUUAACUCGCAUCUUGCAAAUUCUUUGGAGUUGCUGAUCACACAUUGAUUUUGAGAUCAUAAACUCUAGCAGCUUUUACUUGUUUUCAAAAAAUAGCAGUUUUAAUGUACAUAUUUUGAUAUUUCAUUCUUUUUUUGCCCCAUCUCUCUCUCUCUCUCUCCUUUCCUGUUUGCCUUUGAACUAUACAAUAUAUUGUGAGUUAAAGACGAAAACUACAACAUUUUGAUUAUGAAGACAGAAACCCAAAGAAAAAUAAGACUCAAAUACGCAGUUAAAAUGUCACAUUGGAGAUGAUUCACUUUCGCUUAUGUAAGCAUCUUCACUGAAAGACGCCCACUCACGCCUGUGCUGACAGCUGAAUGACGACUGGUAACCAUACACAGAUUUGUAAAUAGCUUUGAAGAGAAACAACGAAGAUGUGUUUUUAACCUGAAUGAACCUGUAAAAUUUCUCUUACUAUUUUAUAUAUUUUUUAACAAUGUAUAAAUGGCUGGGGAAAAAAAACAAGUAGAAAACCCACUGACAACAGUAUGUACAGUAUAUUUGUAUUGAUGACAAUGUGCCACAGGUUUAGGAUAUGAAUGUUGGUUGGUUUGUAUCAGAAUGAAGUAGAGAUGGUGGAAUUAAUGUGUUUUAAAUCACCAUUUGGUGAAAUCAGUGUUUGAACAUUUUUGGAGUGGCUGUUAAAACAAAAGGCAGGCCAGUAAUGACCAGAGGAAUAAUUUGGAGGCUUUGGUCAGACAAUGAAAAAUUUGUCAUACACAUUUGCAGACAAAUGCUUAUUUAUUAUUUUAUUUUUUUUAGGAGUAAAAACAAAUCUCCUUUUUGAACUUUCCCCAUGUGACCCAGAUUUAGGCUUCAAAAUUUUGGCCUCCUUUCAGCUGCACCUUUACAGUUUUAUCUACAAUAUGAUAAAUUCUGAAAGAUCAGUUGAGCCAACAUAAACUUUUAGCCUUGAAAAUAACAACUCCAACCACCUCAAACCUCUGUGUGUAUGUGCAUACGCGAGUGCGCGUUGUUGGCUGAUGAACGUGAAAUGUGAUGUGCCAAAUUGAGAAACGUGUUGAUGUCACACUAUAAUAUAAAGAAUUUAGCCCCCAAAAAGUAAUGAUCUUAAACAUGGUGUGGUGAACUAAAUUACUUUCAGAAUAUAAUCUUUUAUUAUGUGAAUUGGUGUGUUUUUAGGGAUUGACUGCAUCCUCCAUUGUUGAAGUUACUAAUGAAGGCACUUACUUUACCCCAAACUGUUUUUUAAAAUCCACUUGUCAUAUACCUGAGUCCUCGAGACUAUCUCAGUCAGCAGUCCAAAUAACGUAAAUUUAACUUAAACCCAUCGAUCGUGAUACAGAAACACCUUCUUAUCCCACUUUUUUAAGCCUUUGUUUGAUGCUUGGCUGUGUGUUGAUCUGUGAAUGCUGCUUUUAAGGGUAAAGCAUGACAGUGAGAAUAAGAAUCCCACAAAUGAAAUGUAGAUGGUACUCAAGUACAGACAUUUAAGCCUGGACUCAAGUGUCCACUACAUGAUUGGAUUUGGACAUCUUGAUUGUUUGCGCAACACACUGUAAUGUCUUUGUUUGUAUCCAGAGCAUUUUAAUCACAGAAAAUGAAAGCCUCGUCACCAUUUUGUCAUAAAUAUUAUGCACAGAAAAUUCUAAUGUGAACGUGAUUUGAAGACCUGGACUGAAUGAUUGUUUUGGAGAAAAGAUUGCAUUAAAGGGGGGGAAAUCUUA